UGAAAACUACAUUUGGUAAAUUUUCGGAAUACUUGAUGAUUAUUGUUUUCAAAAAUCCGAGAUUUUCAAAUUUAGUAAUUUAUAAGCCGUUCUGAAAACUGCAACUAUUUUUUUUGAUUCUUGACCUUUUAUUAUUAUUAUUUUUUUUUUUUUUUGGUUCUUUUUUGUUCAUUAUGAAAAUUUAUCGGGCAGAAACAGGGAAACGAAUUCAAGUACGAAAGUCUUUUGAGAGUUUGGGCGACCUUAAAGCGGAGCUAGAGCAAGUGGGUGGUGUACCAAUAUCUUCACAGAUAUUGAUGACAAGUUUUGGCUUGCAACUCAAAACCGAAAUGAUAAAUGAUGCAAAUAAGGCUACUGGGAAGGAUGAGUACAUUAUAUUUCUUUUCGAUAGGGAUCUUCUAGAUGUAAACAAUACAUAUGACCAAACGCCACUUGUUGAAGGCCUUUCACUGGAACCUCCAAUAAUUGCUCCUGCGGCGUCAAAUAUUCUUACAAGAUUACAAAAUCGUGGUUCUUGGAAUAACAUAAAUUUAUCCGAAGAAUGUGGUGCUUAUGUCAAUUUAUUUCAAACACAUCACUCUCAAGGACAGUUAUUCGUCAAGACAGCUGAAAAACAUGCAGGAAUUUGUAAACUGCUAUAUCAAGAACAAAAGAUUCAGCAAAUGGCAUUGGAUGUUGCCAUCACAAAUCUCAACUCCCAUUGCCGUUCUAUAAUUGAAGCUCAUGAAGAUGUUUAUACAUUUGCUGAAAAAGAAAUAACAAAACAAACCAGGCUAAUUCAAAGUUUAUCAACUGAUAUUGAGACGCUUCGGCGUAUCACAAUUCACCCUGGAUUGUUAAAAGAUGCAAGAAAUUUAAUGAAUGACAGAGAUUCUUAUACCUUGGCUGAUUUUAUAGCUGAAGACAAGCUUAUAAUAUUGGCGAAAGAGGGUAAACAAGCCUAUGACCAAAUUUCCAAUCGCGUCCAAGAGUUGACUUCUCUGGUUCGUGCUGUACAAUCAGGUACAGAUACGUUAAAAAAGAAGAAAUUUGAUAGCUCAAACAGCAUUAAAUAAUAUUCGAGAAUACCAUAAUAAGCUAACACAAAUUGCUCAAAAACUGGAAAGAGACGUCACACGUGUACAAAGUAAAGUGACAGAAAUCCUUGAA